CUAGAGCGCCUGUUCAAAGUGGACAGUCCACAAAACACACCAUAUUCGUUGUCGUCAGCCUCCGUUCCUUCGGCAGUCAGAUUCACGCUACGAUACCCUUCUUCAAUUCUUCCCUUAUUCUUAGCAAUUUUUCUCUCCUAGUUCUCUUCAAGAAUGCAUUCCAAUCACUUGCUUCUCGAAGAGCCCAUCAGGAUGGCCUCCAUCUUGGAGCCAUCCAAAGCCAGUUUCUUCCCGGCAAUGACUAAGAUCGUGGGGACACUGGGUCCCAAGUCUCGAUCCGUCGAGGUUAUUUCUGGCUGUCUCAAUGCUGGGAUGUCUGUUGCAAGAUUUGAUUUUUCAUUGGGAGAUGCGGAUUAUCACCAGGAGACUUUGGAGAAUUUGAGGACUGCUAUUAAGAGCUCUAAGAAACUAUGUGCUGUUAUGUUAGAUACAGUGGGUCCGGAGUUGCAGGUUGUUAACAAAAGUGAGAAGGCUAUUUCACUAAAGGCAGAUGGCAUUGUUACUCUGACCUCUGAUCAAGGCCAAGAAGCAUCUUCUGAAGUGUUGCCUAUCAAUUUCGCUGGGUUGUCUAAGUCUGUGAAGAAGGGAGACACCAUUUUUAUUGGCCAAUACCUCUUCACAGGAAGUGAGACUACUUCUGUUUGGCUAGAGGUAAACGAAGUGAAGGAUCAGGAUGUGGUCUGUGUGAUUAAGAACUCUGCAACUUUGGCUGGAUCAUUGUUCACUCUGCAUGCUUCCCAAAUUCAUAUUGACUUGCCUACGCUAUCCGACAAAGAUAAAGAGGUUAUAAGCACGUGGGGAGUAAAAAACAAAAUUGAUUUCCUUUCACUAUCUUAUACAAGGCAUGCUGAGGAUGUUCGGGAGGCUCGUGAAUUUCUAUCUAAGCUGGGCGACCUUAGUCAGACUCAUAUCUUUGCUAAGAUUGAAAAUGUAGAGGGUUUAACUCAUUUUGAUGAGAUCCUGCAAGAGGCUGAUGGCAUCAUUCUUUCUCGUGGAAACCUUGGCAUAGAUCUCCCACCUGAAAAGGUCUUCCUGUUUCAGAAGGCUGCUGUGAAUAAGUGUAACAUGGCUGGAAAACCAGCAGUUAUAACACGUGUUGUGGAUAGUAUGACUGACAAUCUUAGACCUACACGUGCUGAGGCAACUGAUGUUGCAAAUGCUGUCUUGGAUGGCACGGAUGCCAUCCUUCUUGGUGCCGAGACUUUGCGUGGAUUAUACCCUGUUGAGUGUAUUUCCAUUGUGGGUAAAAUUUGUGCUGAGUCAGAGAAGGUCUUUAAUCAAGAUAUGUACUUCAAGAAGACUGUCAAAUUUGUCGGGGAGCCUAUGACACACUUGGAAUCAAUUGCUUCCUCUGCGGUACGAGCUGCUAUUAAGGUGAAGGCUUCUGUGAUUAUUUGCUUCACUUCAUCUGGAAGGGCAGCAAGAUUAAUAGCAAAAUAUCGCCCAACAAUGCCAGUAAUAUCAGUUGUCAUUCCUCGCCUCAAGACAAAUCAACUAAAGUGGAGUUUUAGCGGUGCAUUUGAGGCAAGGCAAUCCCUGAUUGUUCGUGGUCUUUUCCCCAUGCUUGCUGAUCCUCGACAUCCUGCCGAGUCUACAAACGCCACAAAUGAGUCUGUGCUUAAAGUUGCCCUCGAUCACGGCAAGGCUUCAGGGGUUAUAAAGUCACAUGACCGAGUUGUGGUAUGCCAAAAAGUUGGAGACGCUUCUGUGGUUAAGAUUAUUGAACUCGAAGACUAAGGCUGCCACACUGGGCGUUACAUCCCACAGAUUUUUGAGUGCAAAGGUGGACUACCAAAGCCUUCACUGUGAGGAUUUAAUUUAGGUUUUGGUUUAUACUACAUACUGUGGACUAGAUAAAAUUGUUGAUUAAAACCCGAUUUUAUGGCAUCCGUUAGACCAUGUUUCAUUGGGCAGGGUUUUGUAUUAAUAUUGUUCUUUUUAAAUUUUGAAUAUGGAAUGCGAAAUGUGCAUCUUAUGGAGAAUAUGGAUACAAUCUUUUUGUGUAAAAACAGAAUGAAUGCUCAAUAAAGUUGUAGUGGGAACUUUGGGAAGAA